UGUGAAGUGAGGUUUUGCUUAGUGAUGUGUACGACGUUGUGAACUACCUGAAAAACCAAAUUUGAUAUAUGAGAAUAAGUUAAUGAUGCGUUUGUGCAACAUCUUUGUGAUCUUCGUUACUGUAACAACGUUCAGCAAUAUUGUAGUGUCGUCUAAUAGCUGGUGGCGUCUCGGUAGAAUGACCGGAUUAUUGCUGAACAGAUGUUUCUGGACCAAUGAUCAAAAUUUAAUUGAAAAUCCUGAACAAAUAGCGAGUAUACUGAAAGAAUGUUUUGUGAGACGAGGACUGAUAAUGCUCGAUAACGCCAUUGGCAAACACGUUAUUGAACUUUUCGAUGGGGUGGAACUGAUCAGAUAUAGAGAGAAAAACUCAACGAUUGAUAGCAGAGAAAUAUCUAUAUCUAGGAGUGAUGAUAGAAUCGAUUGGAAGCUACAGUAUAUAGACUCCUUGAAAAAACUAUUUGAUACUCACUUCUUAAGCAUACAGCUUCAAGUCUUCGAAAGUAGUUCUGCUGAAGAGGGUCGGCAUCGUCGAAGACAAAAUAUGUUUUCCCAGCUCCUCAUGUUUGGUCUGAUUGCAGCAUCUUUCAUAGUGAUACCAAUGGGAUUCCAAUUUUUGGCCAUUUUAGGUGGCAAAGCUCUACUAUUAGCUAAAAUGGCGCUAUUAUUGACCUCCAUACAAGGACUAAAAAAAAUUGCAACUUCAAAUUUCAAUUAUGGAUUGUAUUCUUAUGGAAACCGUGGAAAUCCAUGGCAUUACGACAGGCAGUGGCCUUUCGAAGGCUCCGAAGGUUAUCAGAAGCCGAAUAUUGGAGAAGAUUAUAUAGAUUUAUUGCACCCUAGAAAUGAAAAUUUACUAAAAUAG